GCUCCAGAUGGCUCCUGGUUCCUCAAACCCAUUGAGUGCGUGACUGCCUGACAUGCGACUCUUCAGCUCAGAAUGACUGAAGUCAAGACCAGCAGGAGCUCCAGGCUUCAUGACCUCUUUUUUCCCCCCUAGGGAGACCCCAUCUGGCCCCUCCCCAGAACGUGACGCUGCUCUCCCGGAACUUCAGUGUAUACCUGACAUGGCUCCCAGGGCCUGGCAACCCCCAGAAUGUGACCUAUCUUGUGGCCUAUCAUAGCUCUGCAACAACCUCCAAACGGUGGCGGAAAGUGGACAGGUGUGCAGGAACCAAAGAGCUGACAUGUUCUCUGAUGUGCCUGAAGAAUCAGGACCUAUACAACAAGUUCAAGGGGCGCGUGCGCGUGGUUUCAGCCAGCACCAAGUCCCCCUGGGUGGAGUCCAAGUACCUGGAGUACCUUUUUGAAGUGGAGCCGGCCCCGCCCAUCCUGGUAGUUACUCGGGCAGAGGAGAUCCUGAAGGUCAAUGCUACAUACCAGCUGCCCCCCUGCAUGCCCUCAUCGAAUCUGAAGUAUGAGGUGGAUUUCUGGAAGGAGGGGACUAGGAACAAGACCCGAUUUCCAGCCACCCUGCAUGGCCAGCCAGUCCAGAUCCCCCUCCAGCUGGAUACCGGUGGACACCACUGCAUCAGCGCCAGAACCAUCUACACCUUCGGUGACCCUAAAUACAGCGAGUUCUCCAAGCCCACCUGCUUCUCCCUGGAGACCCCAGGAGUCAACUGGGCAUUCCUGGUGCUGCUCCCACUUCUGCUGCCCCUGCUGUUGGUUAUUGCCACAGGGCAUGUGAUCUGGAAGAGCUUUGCAAGGAACCCCUGGCUGCAGCGGACAAAGAUGCCACAGGCUCUAGACUUUUCUGGACACAGACACCCCGUGGCAACCUUUCAGCCGAGUGUUCCAGAGUCCCUGGAUGACUUGACCCUCUGUCCCCAAAAGAAAUGGACCAGAAGGGUCAGACUGAGCCCUAGAGGCAGGGCCCCAGCCACCAUCCUGGCAGGACCAGGGGAGGACACAGACGACAACAUCAGUCUCCAGCCCUACCUGACGGCCUCCUGUUUCCUGGAGCAGGAGCAGCAGAGCCCGGGGCACCCCGAGGCAGGGCUCCAGGCCGGCGAAGGCUGCCCUGCUUGGGGUGCCUCAGACGGAAGCUGGGCCAGCACCGUCGGCUCCUCCCUCCUGGAUGAGGCUGGGUCCUCUGGCUGUUUGGCCAACAAGGGUUGGAGCAGGUGUCAGGAGCCUCUCCCACUCCUAGACUUCUCCAAGGACUUGGGUUCCCUGGAGGAGCUCCAGAGAGAGGACAUCUCCUGGGCCAACUGGGGCUCCUCUUCACCAAGGCUGGAUCUGGUCCCUGGGGAGCCUCCAGUUUCUCUUCGGACACUGAAGGUCUGGGACAGCAACACAGAG